GUGUCAUGGACAGCACUGAGGAAUGUAAAUGUGCGUGGGGCAAACCUGUCAAGAGUGAUGUCAAACAUGGAAUGUACGAAGGAGUAGAACACGUACAGCGUCGGGGAGAGGGUGGUACCAUAGGAGUGGUCGUACAUGAACAUUGUUGCGAGUAUGCUCGCGUGUGCUCGUCGAUUCUUACUUGCACUGCAGAGUGGGAAGAAGUACACGAAUGCAUGGAGUUAUUGGAGAAGUCGUUCGGCACGCUUUACAUUGAAGGACGGUGUAGUCAGCUCAGUGGCACAACAUAUGAUCUGAGGCUCUGUACAGGCACUGCAACAGUAGAUUGGAGAGACGAGUUGCAGCAAUGUUUAUUGUCUGUGUUGUUGCACUUGGAGUACCCGCUGGAGGACGCUUGCAAGCAGAGGACUGGGCUGGAGAGAAC